AUGACAAUGAGUAGUUCAAAUUCAUCCACUACCAAGGAACAAGAACAAAUUUCCCUGAAACAAUCCACAGAGCAUCUAUUUCAAAAACAACCAAAACAAUACCAUAACAUUUUUAUCAGGUAUUCAAUAUUAAUCAUUAGUUGUUUUGGUUCAAUCAUGUAUUGUAACUUUCUAUGCACCAGCGCAAUAUUAUAUCAUUUGAAAGAUAAAAUUUCUGGCAAUGAAAAAUCCCAGAAACCUGACAUUGAACAAAAAACCCAUGGGUACAUUCCUCGUAAAGCAUAUGAUAAUUUAUCAGAAAUGAAACCCAGUAGAGACUUACAAUACUAUUUGAAAGCAUUGAAUUUAGAUUUACAGGAAUUUCAUGUGACCACUGCUGAUGGGUUUAUUUUGACAUUACAUAGAAUUAUUGAUCCCAAAGAAACUGAUGAUCAAAGAGAGAUGAGAAAGCCCGUAUUUAUGCAACAUGGUUUAUUUUCAUCUAGUGGAAAUUGGGUUGUUAGUGGUAAGAAUUCUUUGGGAUACUAUUUCCAUGAACAAGGAUACGAUGUUUGGUUAGGUAAUAAUCGAAGUUUUUUUAGAGCUAAACAUGAAACAAUUAAAGGGGAUUUAUAUAAUAGUGAAGCUUAUUGGGAUUGGAGUAUUGAAGAAUUGGCAUACUAUGAUUUACCAUCCAUGUUAAAUACUGUAUUGGUACACAAGAAGAAAUUCAAGAAAUUGAUUUUAAUGGGACAUCUGCAAGGUGGGUUGCAAAGUUUCAUGAUGUUGAAAAAUCCGUAUUUUAAACUAUUACACGAAAAGAUUGAAUUAUUUGUACCUAUUGGUCCAGCAAUUUAUCCUGGUCCAAUGUUUUAUACAUGUGAUUUCAUUAAGUUUAUGCAUUCAAGAAGUAAAACUUCAUGGUUGUUAUUAUUUGGCUGUUGUGCUUUCAUGAGGAAUUUAUGUCUUGUAAGGUAUUAUAUAGCAGAAUACUCCUUAUAUGGAAAACUAUCUUACUAUUUCUUUAAAUACGUAUUUGGGUGGUAUGGAUACAAUUGGGGUCAAGAUAAGAAAGUAAGACACUUUUUGUUUGUUUUCGUAAUGAGUUAUGCAUCAAUGGAGUUGAUGAAGUAUUAUUUGUCAAGUUCGUCAGAAUACGGAUUCACCGUAAUGUUGCAACCUAAGGAAUCCUAUAAAAAUGAUGACCAUUUCAAAGUGAAUAAAGUUAAUGAUAGCAAGAGUUUUUUCCAAUUUGACAAAACUUGGUUUACUGGUAUUAAAGUUCCCAUGCUUUUGUUUAUAGGUGAAAAAGAUCACUUGGUUGAUGCAAAGAAAGUUGCAGAACACAUGAGGAAAUAUGAACCGGGAUAUGUUGAAGGAAAUAAUUUUGAAGCGGUUGAAUUGACAAACUAUCAUCACAUCGAUGUUGCUUGGGCAGAAGAUGUUAUUGGAUCUGUGGGGUAUGUCAUAAUUGAAAAAUUGAAAAAGAUGGAAGAAAAAGAGAAAAUACACCCAGAAAUUAUAACAGAACCUAUAGAGAAUAUAGACAGUGUCAAAGUCGAGAAUGUUGAAUUAACAUCAUCUGAAGAUGAUGUAUUUGUUGUAACGAAGGAUUCACUUGCUCAGGAACAAAUUUCAGAUCUUGGUUAUAACUUUAAGGAUCAACAAAUCAUUACAGUGAAACCAUUGGAGUUGGAAAAUAUAGUCCUUCCACAGAGUGUUACUGCUAAUUGA